AUGCUGGGCUCCGCACGUCCAGAGCAGACGAACAAUCUAAGAGAUGGACUCCCUGUUUCUGCUGAGCCAGGACUGACUCAUGACAUCCUUGUAUCCCGUACGUCGGUCCGGCCAAAAGCCUCCAAUCAAGUGACUGGGAGGUGCAAGGGAGGCGGUUUGGAGUCGCCUCCAGCAAAUAAGUUCGACAUGGAAGUUCUCCCAAAAACUCAUGGGACUACAGGCUUGCAACCUACCCAUGGGUUUAAAAAUGACGCAUGUCACAGUGAUAGAAAAGAGUCUCCUGAUUCCGGAGCAAAGCUUGGCACGAAGAUCAAGUACGACGUCAUCGGACUGAUCGAGACGAGACGACGUCACCCUCUCAACGCCGUAUAUGAAACUGGAGAAGAAGUGUUCUUAGGAACAUGCGACAGUAGAGGUGUUGGUGGAGUUGGCGUCCUCGUCAACAUGAGAACGGCAAAGAACAUCGACUCUUUCGAACAACUCACGACCCGAAUCAGACGUCUGGGGGUGAGAAGAUGUGGUCCAACACCGCUUUGA